AUGCAGAAUAACAACAAUAAUCCUAAAGAUGGAAACAAUACUGAAAAUAAUAAUAGCAAUAGUACUUUAGAUAAUGAAACUAUGGAUAAAUUAAUACCUACCUUAUUUAACCAAAUGAAUACUACAAUGCUACUGCAACAAAAUUCAAACAACAGAUUCUCUAUACCCGAUGGCAUUUUCAAUUCCAAUCACGUUACCAAUUUUGAUAAUACCAAUAAAAUCACUGGUUUGGGCCCCAUCAUCAACCAUCCUCAGAAAAGAAGAACAACCCUAUUAAGUAGUAUAAGCAAUAACAAUACCAAUAAAAUAAAAAGUGUAAAUGCUAAGAUUGCAGCUUUGAUUAAAGAAAGUGAACAAUUGGAUUCAAUUAUACCUGUGAUCAACACAUUAACCCAUGAUAUCUUGCAAAAGAAAACAUCAAAUGAUAUAACAAAACUACAUGGAAGUACUACUCAAUCUUUAUUAUUAUUGGGUAAAUAUAAUAAGAUUUUUAAAGAAAGUGAAAAGUUGAUUGAAUUGAGUAACAAUUACAAUGUUCUAUAUAACAUGCUAGGUACGCAUACCAGUGCUAGUCCAGACGUCAAUAAUAAUACUAAUAAUUCUAAGACUGUUAUCGACAAAGUUAUUUUGAAUGUCCUUUCUACCAAAACGAAAAAAUUGGAUGAUUUAAACAAAAAAUUAAUUGAUUUACAAAAAAAAAAGACAGCAACUGGGAAUAAUCACAGUAAUAAUAAUGAUAGUAAAAAUCCCCUCACUAGAAAUAAGGUUUUAAAACCAAGCUUGAUUACAAAGAAAAAUAUUAAAAACACAAAAUCGCAAAUAAUGAAUAAGAGAAGAUUAUUUGAUCGUUAA